AAAUUUUACUACGAAAUUGCAUCGUUGUCUCGUUUGCUCGUUCGGCUUUUAUCUCCACCACCACUGUGAUAUAAAGAAAGUUGAAAAAUCACCGCGGCCAUUUGAUUUCCGUCUUUCCCAGGAUCUGAAGCUUCCCUGCUACUCAAAGAUUUCGCAGAUCCGUCAUGGAUUUCAUGAAGGUUUUCGAUCAAACUGUCCGUGAAAUAAAGAGGGAGGUGAAUUUGAAGGUCCUGAAGGUUCCGGAAAUCGAACAGAAGGUGCUGGAUGCAACAGAUGAUGAGCCAUGGGGUCCUCAUGGAUCUGCAUUGGCAGAAAUAGCACAAGCUACAAAGAAAUUUUCUGAAACUCAGAUGGUUAUGAAUGUUCUCUGGACGAGAUUGAGUGAAACUGGUAAGAACUGGCGUCUUGUCUAUAAGGCUUUGGCUGUUAUAGAGUAUUUGGUGGCAAAUGGAUCUGAACGUGCUGUGGAUGACAUUAUCGAACAUACUUUCCAGAUAUCUUCACUUUCAAGUUUUGAAUAUGCUGAGCCAAGUGGAAAGGACUUGGGGAUAAAUGUCAGGAAGAAGGCUGAAAAUAUUGUAGCCCUUUUGAAUGAUAAAGAUAAAAUACAAGAAGUGAGAAACAAAGCAGCUACCAAUCGUGAAAAGUACUUUGGACUUUCAUCUACUGGAAUUACUUACAAGUCAGGUUCGGCCUCGUACGGUAGCAGUAGCUAUUAUAACAGUGAUAGUUAUAAAGGUCAGAGUAGCUUUAGAGGUGAUAGAUUUCGGGAUAGGAGCAGUGACAAGGAUUAUGGCAAGGGUUCUGCACAAAACAACAGCAAGGAUGAAGGUAAAACAUCAUUUGGUGCGUCAAAGUCAUCAAAGAAGUCAAAUGACUCUGCAAAUCAGGGUGCCUCCUUCCGUUCUAGUACCGUCACAAAUAAUUCUGAUGAAGAUUUUGAUGAUUUUGAUCCUCGUGGGACUUCCACCACCACAAAAGCUGCUGUACCAAGCCCCAAUGGGGUGGAUCUUUUUGGAGACAGUUUAAUUGGAGAUCUCAUGGAUGCUCCAACACUUGUUUCUUCUGAAAAGCAUGACAUUGAUUCACCAGAGGUUGAUCUGUUUGCAGAUGCUACUUUUAUAUCAGCUUCACCCCAAAUGGAAAAGGAACCUAAUUCUCAAUUAAAGACUGAGGUUAAUCUAUUUGCCUCACAGCCUGCUUCAGUUUCUGCAACAGUUGACUUUUUUGCCUCUCCGGAGCCGGUUGUGCAAGCAGGAACAAACUUUGCCAGUGCAGCAAGAGACAGUAAAGCUUCACAACCUGCUUCCGUUUCUGCAACAGCUGACUUUUUUGCUUCUCCGGAGCCAAUUGUGCAGACAGAAACCAACUUUGCCAGUGCAGCAAGAGACAGUAAAGCUUCACAACCUGCUUCAGUUUCUGCAACAGUGGAUUUUUUUGCCUCUCCUGAGCCGGUUAUGCAAACAGAAACCAACUUUGUUAGUGCGGCAAGAGACAGUAAAGAUGUGGAUCCAUUUGCUGCUCUUCCUCUUGAAUCUUUUGAUGGAUCAGAUUUUUUCGGUGCAACCUCUUCCCAGUCUGAACCAGUGUCAUCAGAACCUCCCCAAAAUCCUAUAGGUGGUCCAUCUAACAAUUUAGACGGAAAAUCUAUCAACAGUUCAACAGCUCCAGCCAAGAAGAAUACUUUCCAGGUCAAAUCUGGGAUUUGGGCAGAUUCAUUAAGUCGAGGAUUGAUUGAUCUUAAUAUCUCUGCUCCCAAGAAGGUCUCCCUGGUCGAUGUCGGAGUCGUGGGUGGACUGAGCGAUCUCUCAGACGAGAGGGAGAAAGGACCAGCACCUACUUAUCAUAUGGGACGAGCAAUGGGUGCAGGAUCUGGGCUCGGUAGGACGGGAUCGCAGGCGAUUGGAGACGAUUUCUUUUCACAACUUUCAGGGCAACAAUACCAGUUUGGCGCUUUCCAGGAGUAAAUUUGCACCUUCACUCGUACCCCCUUUUUUUUUCUUUUUUGUCCUGUUAAUCUGCAAAGAGUGUGUGGGGAAAAAAACCUUGAGCUUUUGAUGCGAGUGGCUUUUGCAUAUACGCCACAUAUCAUUUGAUUCAAAAAAAAAGAAAGAAAAAAGAAAAAACCUUAAAAGAAUAUACCAUAGGUCGCUGCAUUUCUUGUGGUUUUAAAUCUUAAUGUGAUCGAAAGAAUAGUGCUCCCUUUUGUUUCAUGUACUGCCAAAUUAAAAGACUUGAGAGCAAUUUAGCUCGAUAAAAAUGGACAGAAAGUGGUCGCAAUUACAUUAUCUUUUAAUUAUGUAUAAUAUUUAGGUGUUUAUCAUCA